CAUCAGAAUGCCUAGUAGAGAGAGACACCAGCACGCACUUCUUCGUCCCCAUACUUCACUACAUUCUCCCGAGAACUCAACAUCUCUUCUUACCAGCCAAUCUUUCAAACAUGGCUCCCAUCUUCAAGUCUAUGGCCAUCGUGGCUCUCAGCAUCUUCUCCGUUCUGAGCUCUCCGAUCGAGCAGGCCGAAAGUGUUGCAGAGUUCGCUCCGACCCUGGAGACGCGUCCUGACUUCACGCCUCUGGAGAAGCGUGCUGACUUCCAGUGGAGGUUCUACAGCAAUGGCGGGUGUGACCACAACAGCAAUCCGUCUAACACGUUCCCGUCCAACGGCUCUCCUCCUGGCCAGGGCACUGUCGGAAACUGCUACUCUGCCCCAACUGGAGUCAAUUGGAACAGGGUCGAGAUUGACAUUUUCUUCGGCAACGGAGGCGGUAGGGGCCUCCAGACCUUCUGCAACGUCAACUGCGCAGGCGGCGCGUCCGUCAAACAGCAAGGUACCAACUGUUACUUGCCCAUCUCGGGAUGCGCCAUCGGAAGCUUCCGCGUCAUCAACUAG